ACCACUUUUGGAUGGUGUACUUAGUUAUUUGCCUUGCCCAACUGAAGUCAGUAGCUAUGCUCUUGGCCAAAGUAAGAAUGAAGAGAAGGUCACAUUGUCUGGAACUCCAGAUGGGCCUCUUGUGGUGUUAGCUUUUAAAUUGGAGGAAGGGUGCUUUGGUCAGUUGACAUAUCUGAGAUUCCUCGCUUGGUUUGGAUGCAUUCUGAUGAGAUGGAGGAUAUUCAAGAGGCACAUGCUGGGCAAAUAGUUGCUGUAUUUGGUGUGGAUUGUGCAUCAAGAUAUACAUUUACUGAUGGGUCAGUUAAAUCCAGAAUGACUUCUAUGAAUGUCCCUAAGCCAAUGAUGUCUUUAGCCGUUCAACCAGUUUCAAAAGAUUCAGGAGGACAAUUUUCAAAGGCUUUGAAUCAUUUUCAGAGAGAGGAUCCUACUUUGUGUAAGUAUAAGUUUUCAUGUAGAUUGUUAGAUUUGGUUCUCCAUUGGGAAAAACUAGACUUUGGUUAAGUUACUUAUAACCAUGACUUGGUGCAGAAACCUUAGCUAUU